CGCUUCGUUCAACAAAAGUUAUAUAAAUAAAAUUAGACUAAUUCAAACGUUUUAUUAUGACAAGCUAUAAAUGGUUAUUAUUUGAAACACAAGAAAAAUCUACUAAAGCAAUUAAUCAUCUAAAAGAUUGUCGCAUUGAAAGUAAUCCGCCUGGUAGAAAACCUUAUUACAGAACACAUCCUGAAUUACUUCCAGAAUUAAAAAAAUUAUUAAACACACACAGUGGAGAAGCACAAGAUCGUAGAAGAGAUGACACAGUUCGUUUUAACGGCUUAUCUAUAACAGAUUGUAAUAAUUAUGUCAAACGUCGAUUAUCACGUCGCUAUCCAAACAUUUAUAAAUUAUCUAAUUCAACCAUACAUCGUUUAUUUAUACCACCAAAGAAAAAUGUGAGAAGUCAAAAGUUUUACAAAUCAAUUAUUCCAGCGAAAAUUCCACAAAAACAAAAUUCCAAAUGCCAACAUCAUCCAGAUUUUAUAAUAUAUCAUGAUUUUCCAAAAGCAGGUGUUAAAAUCACUCCAGCCGGCUAUGUUCGUUUAUGGCACCAUCGUCGUUCGUCUAGUGCCAAUUCAAAUUCAAUAUCAGCAUCGUUAUUACGGAUGAAAAGAUCCAAAUCAUGUGAAUCAACUUUGUUCAAACUAAAUGGAGAAAUUAAACAGGUAGCCGAUAAACGAAAUCUUAAACAUGUACAAUGGAGUAAGUCGGGAAAAAUUUUUCUCCGCCCUUUUGGUUCAACAUCAGAAAAAGCUACAAGUCAAGUACAUAUUAAUAAUCUACAACAAAUAGCCAUAGAAAAUAACUGGUUUUUACAUCGCAGCGUGUUAACAAUUAUAUCAGACAAUGGUACUGAUUGGAAAACAGAGUGCAUGGCAAAUAUAUACAAUUUCGGAAGAUUCUGGGAAGAAAACAAACCAGAUGUAUUAAUCUGGGUUAGUUACGCACCAGGCAACAGCAGAUAUAAUCCAAUUGAAAGAAUAUUUUCACAUUUAACAGAUCUAAUUGCAAAAGUAACAAUUGAUCUUGAUCCAACAUUUUCAACAAUUAAUCACCAAUUGGACUCAGCAUUAGUUGAUUUAAAUAAAUAUUGA